CACAUUUACAAAAAAAAAAAAAAAAGAGGCCAAAAUCUGAAUCUUUUAGUGAAAACACCAUCACUAUGACUUCAAAAUGUUUCAAUUUCCAUCUGCAUCUCACUUCUGCAAAAUCAAGAAACUCAAAAAAGCUACCUUAUUUACCCAUUUACCCUUCAUCCCCAGCUCUCAUAACCACCAAAUUUAACUUUCUCCACAUGAAAACUUGUACCCUUUUAAACAAUCAUCACACUCAGCCAAAUCAGACUCACAAUAGUACAAAAUUUGAUGAAUUUGAAGCUGAUCCAUCUCUUACAAAUGAUGAACUCAAACCAACAACACCAAACCAAAGAACAUUUUCAGGCUAUGAAAUGGCCAGUUUAUGGAUUGGUUUAGUAGUUGGUGUACCAUCAUAUUAUUUAGCUGGUAGUCUUGUUGACCUUGGUAUGGCUUGGUGGCAAGGUAUAGCUACUGUUGUUUGUGCUAAUAUAAUUCUUUUAUUUCCCUUAGUUUUGACAGGUCAUCCUGGUACUAAAUAUGGAAUUUCAUUCCCAGUUUUAGCCAGGUCAGCUUUUGGUGUGCAUGGUUCUCAUAUUCCUUCAAUUCUUAGGGCUUUAGUGGGCUGUGGUUGGUAUGGAAUUGAAACUUGGAUUGGUGGUGAAGCAAUUUUCAUUCUUUUACCUAGUUUCAUAAAGGUUUCAUCAUGGUCUCAAAUUUGGCCUUGGCUUGGUACUUCUCCUUUGGAAUUUUCUUGUUUUAUUGUCUUUUGGGUGGUUCAAUUUGGUAUUAUUUUGAAAGGAAUUGAAGGGAUUAGAGAGUUGGAGAAAUUUUCAGCUCCAAUUUUGAUAUUUCUUACAUUUUGUUUACUAAGUUGGGCUUAUGUUAAAGCUAAUGGGUUUAAUCAUAUGUUUUCUUUGUCUUCUACACUUACUAACUCUCAAUUUUGGGCUCUUUUUUUCCCUUCAUUAACAGCAAAUAUAAGUUUUUGGUCCACUCUAGCCCUAAACAUACCUGAUUUUACAAGAUAUGCCAAGUCUCAAAAUGACCAAAUUGUUGGUCAAAUUGGUCUUCCAAUUUUCAUGGGUGCAUUUACAUUUGUGGGUCUAGCAGUUACUUCUUCAACCAAGGUUAUUUUUGGGAAAUUAAUCACAAAUCCAAUUCAACUUCUUGAUCAAAUUGGAGGGCCAAUUACAAUGAUUUUAGCAAUUUUAGGGAUUAGUUUAGCUACUAUAACAACAAAUAUUGCUGCAAAUAUUGUAGCACCAGCUAAUGCACUUGUUAAUCUUAGCCCCUCAUAUUUUACAUUUAGAAGAGGUGCUUUUUUAACUGCAUUACUUGGCAUUGCAUUUCAACCUUGGAGAUUACUUAAAUCAAGUGAAAGUUUUGUUUAUACUUGGUUAUUGGGCUAUUCGGCCCUAUUGGGCCCAAUUGGUGGUAUAUUAUUGGUGGAUUAUUAUCUUAUUCAAAGAACUAAUUUAAAUGUGAAGGAUUUAUAUAGUUUGAAUCCAAAUGGAACUUAUUUCUAUUCAGGAGGUUUCAAUUUGGUUGCUAUGGUUUCACUUGUUUUGGGGAUUUUGCCUGUGAUUCCAGGUUUCUUACAAAAAAUUGGAGUUUUGUCUACAAUUCCAAGUUUCUUUGUUGUUGUGUAUAAUAAUGCUUGGUUUUUUAGCUUCUUCUUAGCAGGUUUUGUACAUUGGAUUUUGUCUAUUAUUUUAGCAAAAUAUAGGAAUAUUGUUUGUGAGGAAUUUGUAUAAAUGAAAAAUUCAGUUGUAAUAUUAAUGUUGAUCUUCUUUAUCAAUAACAUAUGGAAUGGAAGGGCCUUUCUUGUAGACA